UCUCUCUGGUAGCAGAACUAGCCACCAGGCGCAAUAGAUGAGCCAGUACUCUCGCUUGUAAACUAUCUUCUUAUUGUAUGUUAAAUUUUUGUGGAUGUUUAUCAUGGUAAACAGAGUCUUGCUAUUUUCGCAUCGUCUGCAAUAGUUUUUUGGUUAUAACACACUGUCACUGUGCUUUUCCACACCCCUCCACAGUAAUAUUGUUCCACCGUGUUUCCUUAGAAACUUCUGCAGCGGAAACGCAUCUUGUCAUCGCGCUGAUACAACAUGAUCUAAAGCACGCUAACCACAGGCACGCAUAGGCAAAAGUGAAACAAACACUUGGAAAUUGGGAAAUAAUGCAAUGAAUGGGGAGUUGUCUCAUAAGAGUUACCAAAGUUGCCUUUAAAGAGGAGAACUUAACAAGUCAAAGGAAGUUUAAUGUUUAAUCUGACGUGCAAGACGCUAUCGCACAGAUUAGGACAAGUGUAGCCUAACAUUUUCCAAAGUCAUCUUUUAUGGGCCCAUUUGGUGUUACAGCAUCACUAGUGUUUUCAUACAAGAGAAAAAAAAGACUGAGAAAGUAGCUCGACGUCUACAGCUGUUAAUUUGAUUUAAAAAAAACAUAAGCAAGAACAACAGAAAAGGGAAGUAUUCCUGUAAUCGUGGUAUGGGGGCACCUGUUAAAAUUAACCAGAGCCUCAUACUAAAGUCCAGGCUAAUGUUUAGCCUCAUUUGGCUGUUACCAGAGCGAUAUAACUCCCUACGCGGGGAUAAAACUAGAGCUGGCGAAACCACAACCAGUUUACACAAACAGAGGGAGGAUUAAAAAAGAGUGAGACCCUCACGAAGAUGCGCAUCAGGACUCACGACCCCACGCACAGAACACCCCACGACAAUCCCCAUCACCCCCUCCCCGGACAGCGUCUGCAAGCGUGUCCGCUUUACUUCACUCAGCUCCUUACAGCUCCCCCGCGACAAUGGAUGGGAAUCCCGCGUUCUCCCUCUCGUUUCUGUACAGCAACGACCCGAUCUACUCGCUCUGCGCGUCGGAUCUGAUGACGGCUUCCCAGUCCGUGAAUAACAACUUCAUCAAGGAACAGAAACUUCUGGUGAAGACCCUCAGGAAACUGGAGCAGCAGCAGCUGAGCCGCGUGCGCCAGCUGAACGAGGAGAAGAAACAAUUCGCUCUCCUCAUGAAGAAGAAGCUGGCCCCCAGAGGGAGGGCUCUUCGUACGCCCCCCGCCGGCUCCACCAGCUCCGCGGUCACGGCGGACAGCCCGAGGAAGGCCCCUGUCUCUGUCUCCGCGUGCUUCUCCAUCGGCAGCAGCCGGCAGAGCAGCGCCAAGGGCAGCCAGAGUGGAGGAGGCAGCUUCCAGUCAGAGUCCCGCACGCGACGCCCAGCCUACCCACAAUCCCCUGGUGGAGAGGACCAGGAUGUAAGCGGUAGAAAGAUCAACGUUUCAAAGACAUACUUCGUUUCUACAGCUCCUAGAUGCUUCUGUGAAUGCGGUCGCUCCAUUAAACUGCUGACAAGAAGUGAAAUCUGUCUUCCGGCACGGCAGGAUCAAACAUCCAUCGGAGACUUUUAAGAAGGGGACUUCAGAGCACAAAAAUCAGGAUGGUCAGUUGAGCCACAUGAGAAUAAUUUAAUACCCCAGGAGGGCCAGGUGGAUGUUAACCUACAAGGUCUUCAAAAAACAUCUAAGUCUGAGUUUGUGCCAUGGUUUGCUAGGCCUCUUAUAUCUAUGCAGAGGGUAAAGGUAAAGGUACUGUGGUUUCUGGUACAAAACAUGCUGAUAGGUUAAUUAGCAAAAUUGGCCCUGGUGUGUGUAUGUUUCUGUGUUUAUGACUGUGAUGGACAGGCAUUUUGUCCAGGGUGUACACUGCCCUGUGCCUAUUGCUUGCCAUUAUAGACUGCAACUCCCUCCACAACCCUGAAUUGGAAGACGAAAUUAGAAAAUGGAUGGAUAGAUUUUCAAUGUGCUGUUGACCAAAUAUUGUGUGCAUGUGUAAAGUUCUUUAACUCAGACAUGACAUGCUAUGGAAAACGCAUUCUAAAAACCAAUAUAGGUUCUGUGUUAAUUGUUAGGUAACACUGAAUCAGUAAGACUGUAACUUGUAAAAUUAUCAUUGUGAAAAAUAUCAAGCAAAUGAAUAUAUUUAAUUUACAGUAAUUGCUGAUGUUCACAUCUUUAUUAUUGGUUAUAACAGAAUAAUUGUUUUUAUAAAUCUGACCAUUAUACUGUCUGAUUAUACAUAUUAUUUAAUAUAAACUGAAAUAUAUUUCAGUUUAGACUCAAGGGUUUAUACUGUUUUGGGCUAAGCAGUUACUGAAAAUGAAUGGAUGAAUUAUUCAUUAGUGUUAAAUAUGAAAUGCAUGUACUGUUUCAAAAUCUUCAGUAUGCCCUUAACAUUCAAUUACCUCCCUGAAGUGCAACUCACUGUCAGAUGAAACUGAAUUAGCUUCUUGUCCAAUUGGUGCCUUCAAAUUCUCAGUAGUAAACGAAUAGAAACAGGGGUUCAGUUCAGAUGAUACUGUAUGUGUAGCCAAGCCUUUCCUCCAUCAUGUAUAUCAGGAGACCUGCCUAAAAGGAACUCCAGUAUUUAAAGGUUUCCUGUAGGAAAAUUAACACAGUGCCAGCUGUGUGUAGUCUGGCAGUAUCCUGCUGUCAGUCCCAUUUCUCUCAUGAGAAAUUAAUUCAAAAUAAGCUCUGGAAUCAACUAAGGAAUUAAUGAA